AUGACAUAUUCUACGCCUCCAGAGUUUAGAAGACUCUGCAAAUCGGGCAGAAUGACCUCACAGACCGGUGGACAUUGCCCCGGAUAUGCUCAGGCCAAUUUAGUUGUUCUUCCCAAAGAUGCUGCGUCAGACUUUGCUGAUCUCUGUUUCCGUAACCCAGUGCCGUUACCCUUGUUGGGGAUGACUCCUGUAGGAGAUUUCUCCAAGAUUGAUAACACCCAAGUGUUGAAUGAUGAGGAGUUUGACAUCACCACCGAUUUUCCAAAGUACACUGUGUUUGAAAAGGGAAAGAUCAUCGGUACUGUCACCGACAUCAAGGACCAUUGGAAUGAGAAACAUGUGGGGUUCUUGAUUGGGUGCUCUUAUUCGUUUGAGGCCGCACUUGCCAAUGCUGGGUUGCCAGCCAGAAACUCCGUUGAGGACAAAAGUGUCUCUAUGUAUUUGACAUCUAAGUUGUUGGACCCCGCAGGUAUCUUCACAGACGUGUACUACGUGGUGAGCAUGAGACCUUACAAGAAGUCUGACUUGGCUAAAGUCCGUGAAAUUACUCGCAAGUUUCGUAAAACUCAUGGUGAGCCUAUUGACUGGGGCUACGGUGCAUUGAAAAGAUUAGGAAUUAGUGACUUGUCGAAACCGGAUUUUGGCGAGACCACUCGUGUUAAUGACGACGAAGUUCCCGUUUUCUGGGGUUGUGGAGUUACAGCUCAGGUAGCUGCCCUGACAGUCUCUCAUAAAAUUGAAGGUUUGACCUUUGGCCAUGCUCCGGGCCAUAUGUUGGUGCUUGACAUUAAAGAUGAGGAGGUCAUUGCCUUGAGAUAA